CUGUUAAUUCUCGUCUAAAGCUUCCUCCUUUAACCCCCUCUGUAUCGUGAUGGAAGAUAGAGAGGCACGAUCAGGAACUCGGGAGGUUAAUGAAACAUCUCCUGAUUUGUUGAAGAAUACGCCUUCUAACAUUGCGAGGUUAGAAGAUGUGAUUGAGCAAUGCCAUGGUAGACAAAAGUAUCUUGCUCAGACCAGAAGUCCAUCUGAUGGGAGUGAUGUUCGGUGGUACUUUUGUAAGGUUCCUUUGGCUGAAAAUGAAUUAGCUGCUUCAGUACCUCGCACUGACGUAGUAGGAAAGAGUGAGUAUUUCCGUUUUGGGAUGAGGGAUUCUCUUGCGAUUGAGGCAUCUUUCUUGCAGAGAGAGGAUGAGUUGUUAUCACUCUGGUGGAAAGAGUAUGCAGAAUGCAGCGAAGGCCCGAGACCACAACUUAAUUCUAAAAAGAAAUCAGUUAAGCAGUCAAUUGAAACUCCUUCAGAAGCUUCUGUGUCCACUAGUCUAUAUGAAGUUGAAGAGGAGAGAGUCGGUGUACCUGUUAAGGGUGGGCUAUAUGAGGUGGACUUGGUGAGGAGGCACUGCUUUCCUGUGUACUGGAAUGGAGAUAAUCGGCGUGUUCUUAGAGGUCAUUGGUUUGCUCGUAAAGGUGGCCUAGACUGGCUUCCAAUUCCAGAAACUGUUUCUGAGCAGUUGGAGGUUGCAUAUCGUAACAAGGUUUGGCGCAGAAGAAGUUUUCAACCCUCUGGGCUUUUUGCAGCUCGUAUUGAUUUGCAGGGUUCUAGUCUGGGACUCCAUGCUCUUUUUACUGGUGAGGAUGACACCUGGGAAGCGUGGCUUAAUGUUGAUCCUUCUGGGUUCUCUGGCAUCGUUGGAUAUACUGGGAAUGGAAUUAAGUUGAGACGUGGUUAUGCUGGCUCCUACUCUCCAAAACCUACGCAGGAAGAACUUCGCCAGCAAAAGGAGGAAGAAAUGGAUGACUAUUGUUCUCAAGUCCCUGUUCGGCAUCUUGUAUUUAUGGUUCAUGGUAUUGGCCAAAAAGGAGAAAAGUCCAAUCUUGUUGACGAUGUUGGAAACUUCCGUCAAAUCACGGCAGCUUUAGCGGAGCGUCAUCUAACCUCUCAUCAGCUCAGCACUCAACGGGUCCUUUUCAUCCCAUGCCAGUGGAGAAAGGGUCUAAAGCUAAGUGGUGAAGCUGCUGUUGAUAAAUGUACUUUAGAUGGUGUACGGCGUUUUCGAGAGAUGCUGAGCGCAACUGUUCAUGAUGUGUUAUACUAUAUGAGCCCCAUUUAUUGUCAAGCUAUAAUUGACUCGGUUUCAAAGCAGCUGAAUAGACUGUAUCUAAAAUUUUUAAAGCGGAAUCCAGACUAUGUCGGAAAGAUUUCCAUUUAUGGACAUUCUCUGGGGAGUGUUCUCUCCUAUGACAUCUUAUGUCAUCAACACAACUUGUCAUCCCCAUUUCCAAUGGAUUCAGUAUACAAGAAAUUUUUUCCAGAUGAAGAAUCUCCUCCAACUCCAGCCAGCGCUGACAAACCUUGUAGUUCACAUCCAUCAUCAAAUUUUGAGCCAGAGAAAUCUAACCAGUUGAUUAACACCGAGGAAAUCACAGGUCAAGAUAAUAACAUGGUGGCUGAAGAAUCAACAGUACUGAAGCAUCACGAUGUCAUCCAGGAAGCUCCUUCACUGAUCUCUGAUUCUGUUGUGGACAACGUGGGUUUGGAAAGAAGAGGAGGCCAGGAAGAUGACCAUCAUGAUUCUAGUGGUGCUAUAUCCUCACAGGAUGGACCAGAUGGAGCGGACUGUAGAACGCCUGAUUCUCCAUCGUGUUCUCAAGAACAAUCAUGGGAUAAAGAAAGUGUCAAUUCUAAUAAUGAGGAAAGAAUCAAGUUGUUACAAGAUGAGGUCAACUCAUUGAGGUCAAAACUAGCACAACUGCAAUCAGAGAAUGCCAGAAUAUUGUCGGAUGAAAAAGCCAAGGCAUAUGUGGUGCCUAAGCAGCUCAACAACGAGAAGGCGCAAACUGAAGAUGCCAAGAAACCAACAAGCUUUACUCCUUUUAUCAAGUACCAAAAGCUUGAGUUCAAGGUUGACACUUUCUUUGCAGUUGGGUCUCCUCUUGGAGUUUUUCUCGCCCUUCGAAAUAUACGUCUUGGGAUAGGUAUGGGAAAAGAUUACUGGGAAGAGGAGAAUGUUAUUGAAGAGAUGCCAGCUUGUCGUCGAAUGUUCAAUAUUUUUCAUCCCUAUGAUCCUGUUGCAUAUAGAUUGGAGCCACUUGUCUGCAAAGAGUACCUUCCCGAACGACCUGUUAUUAUUCCCUACCACAGAGGGGGCAAGCGGUUGCAUAUUGGAUUACAGGAUUUCAGAGAAGAUUUUGCUGCACGUUCACAGAGAAUAAUGAAUCAUUUUGAUUCAGUAAGGACAAGAGUUCUCACUAUUUGUCAAUCCAAAAGUGCGGAUAACCUAGACGAGAUGGAAGAAACUGAUGACGAAAAGGAUGGAAGGUCCUACGGUUCCUUAAUGAUGGAGAGAUUAACUGGAACUCGAGACGGUCGAAUAGAUCACAUGCUCCAGGAGAAAACCUUUGAGCAUCCGUAUCUACAAGCCAUAGGAGCUCAUACGAACUAUUGGAGAGAUAACGAUACUGCUCUUUUCAUAAUUAAACACUUGUAUCGCGAGUUACCAGACGGACCAAACUCACCCACGGAAUCCACCGAAGGAGAUGAUAGUCCAAAAGACUCAAGUAGACCUCAUAGCUGGAUAGACAGAAGAGAGACUGAUUAUGAUGAUGAAGAGCUUCCUUUAACAUUCUCCGACAAAAAAAUCGCUAGAAGCUUCUCCGCAGAAGCCAAGAAAUAUUUGAAGAAGCCUUAAGACUUUGACCAUAGGUUUAUAUCUGAAAUCCAGCGAAAGCUCCCUGAUUUUGUUUUUGUUUCCUGUGCAGAAGUAACAUAUAGUGCAGAAAAUUUGAAAAGGAAAAACUCCUACUUAGUUUUGCCACAUUGUAUCCACAAUCCAUUGUAACCAUAAUUUUACAAAGAAUAAAGCAAAACGAUGAAA